UGGUUUGUCCCUUCCCGGCUGCCGUAAUGUGUCUUGUAGCGUUGCUUGGAGAAGACCGACGUGUAUUUAAUAGUGAGACGGAAACUGAGUUAAAUGGCAGCAACUGUCGAGAGCUGUGUAUUGGGCGGACUUCAGGGUCCCGGCCCCGGCGGGGGUACUUCCGUGGAAGAAUUAGAUUGGGAUUCUUCACUCUUUGAUGAGCUUACUGACUUGGUUGAAACAAAUAUAUACGAAAACCAUUUUGACAGCCUUGAUUUCAACAUGGACCUAAUGGCAUGGAAUACUUAUCCGUGGGAUGCCCCAGGUGAAGCUAUCAAACUAGAUCCUUUGUCUCCUGCAUCAUCCAUCGCCUCUGUGCCUUCCCCCUCAUCUGUUGAUUCUUUAGCCUCUUCUUCUCAGUUUGUGCCAGAAGAUCUUGAUGGAUCCAGUUCUCAGCUAUCUCCAGUAUCAUUGUAUUCUGACUGCUCAAAAAGUCCUAAGUCUCCAGAUCUUGCAGAAGAGAAACCUUUAGUAACUGCACAUCAGACCACAGAAUCUCUUACAGGAUUUGCCACUAUUAAACGGCGGAAGCUGCCUCCAGUGGUACCAAAACCAUCCAUUCAACCCAAAGCUAUAAUAAUUCCGGCAACUGCAGAUAUCCAAGCGUCUGCAAAUGUUGCGCCCAAAACAAUAAUUUUCCAGCCUCUAACAACACUUUUACCAAAGCAGCAGCCUCUUAUUACUCUGCAGCAAGCACCUUCUGCUGGCCAGCCAGUCCUGCUUGCCCCAUCUACAGUCGUACAGCUUCCAGCCUCUGGUAUUGUUGCAACACAGCAAGUCGUUACUAUGGGUGGAGGUAGAGCAACGAUCCCAACACCAUCUAUGAACAUCCUCGCCCCUACUGUUCAUUGUGCUAAAACUUCACCAGUGAAACCUGUCAUCCCAACAUCCGUACAGUCUGUGGAUUCUGGAACAGAUAUAAAUGUCCUAAGGAGGCAACAGCGAAUGAUUAAAAACCGAGAAUCAGCCUUCCAGUCUAGAAGAAAGAAAAAGGAAUACAUGCAGACGCUGGAAGUGCGCCUAAGGGCAGCUCUCUCUGAGAAUGAGAAGCUAAAGAAUGAAAAUGGAUCUUUGCAGAAAUUGCUAGAAGAAGUUGUGUCUGAAAAUCAGAAGCUCAAAGUGACUGCACCGAAGAGAAGAGCCGUCUGCCUAAUGAUGGUGGCUGCAUUUCUACUGCUCAAUUUUAAUCCAUUAAGUAUUCUGGAGUCUAAACCAGGCCCGUAUGAUGUUGAGGUCAGUCCUGUCCGCCACAACAGGCAACUUCUUGGUUUCUCAGCUAGUGAUGAAAAGGCAGAAACCCAGAAAGAGAAUAUCAGAUCUGGAAGGUACAUUUCCAAUGAAAAGGCAUUGAUGGUAGUAAAGGAGCCAUUACUAUACAUCCCACAACCUCCUCCUUGCCAACCACAGGUCAAUAAAACACAGAACCUCAGGUUAAACCAGGAACUGAGUGGCUGGAUACACAGACAUGAAGUUGAGAGGACCAAGUCCAGAAUAACAACCAACAGCCAGAGGGUACAAAAGCCAGAUGAGAAAAGUGGCAAUUCUGAACUUGUAACAAUGCAGUAUACAGACACCAGUAUCAGGAACUCUAAUGAGCUUCAGAUUUAUUACUACUCCCCAAGGAGCUACCAAGACUUUUUAGAAGCAAUCCACAGGAGGGAAGAUACCUUCUAUGUGGUGUCGUUCCGUAGGGAUCAUCUUUUGCUACCAGCCACCAACAGAAAUAAAACCACUAGACCAAAAAUGUCUAUAAUAUUGCCAUCAAAUAAUGUUAAUGUAGACAAUGUGAUUAAUGGACAGGAUUUUGAGGUGAUGAUGCAAAUAGAUUGCGAAGUGAUGGACACUCGUAUGCUGCAUGUCAAGGCUUCAACUAUUCCUCCAUUUUUACAAGAGUACAGAGAGAAUCAAACAAACCCGUUCUACAACUCUCCUACCUCUGGUCCGGAACCUGCUCAAGUUGUGAGCGCAAUAUGAAAGUCAUAAACAUGAAGGAGACUGAGAAAAGU